ACCCUGGUUCCGCCCUCCCCCCGCCGCUCGCCGCUAAUCUCGCCGCGCACGCCCCCUCCCUCGCGUCCACAGUCACCCUGGUUCCGCCCUACCCCCGCCGCUCGCCGCUAAUCUCGCCGCGCACGCCCCCUCCCUCACGUCCACAGCUAGCUUGACCUCGCCUCCGCUGAAUCCGCCCCUCCCCGCACUCGCGCAUGGAACCAACCAGCCUCCGCCCCCGUCCACCUUGGCCCCGGCACCGUAGGCGGAUCUGUGCCUCUCCUCGCCCGCGUCCACCCCCAUCGCCUCCUCCUACACCUUCUCCGCCAUCGGCAUCAUCGUCUCCAUCAUCGCCUCCGUCCUCGGCCCUCCCUGCACACUGCAACCGCCUCCUGACGAUGCUCGCGUGGGAUGGUGACGGUGACGCGGCGCUCCGUGGCUUGUGCCCCCUCCGCCGCCUCCAGCACCUUCUCUGCCAUCGGCAUCUCCAUCCUUGGCGCGGCAUGUUCGUGGCCGGGCAAUUCUCAGGGAGGGCCUCGGUGUCUGUGUUUGGUUAUGCUACUCAGAGUGAUUUGAAGUAUGUUAAAAAUAUAGAUUAUUAACAGUUUCAUAUAGUGCAUGUUUUUUUGGCCAGGCAGUAGUAUGUGAUAUGGAAUGUGAUUAUUAACAUUUCAAUUUGCUUGUCUUCACAACCUUUAUACUCUGCAGGGUGUGGUCAUUUUUUUGUUUAAUUUGUUUCUGUCGGUGUUUUGGGUCCGACCGCACACCCGGGGUUGCCCCUCAAGGUGUUUUUAGGAGUAGGACGGUGUCGACGACUGUAGCAAAAUGGUUCGUGUCGAUCACACGAGGGGACAGUGGACAAGAUUUACAGGUUCGGGCCGCUUAAAGAUGCGUAACACCCUACGUCCUGGUUAGUAUGUGCACGUGGUUACAAGAGGGCUCUCUAGAUUGAAAACACAGAGAGUUGAGGUGAGUGGCUAAGUAAGAUAGGGUCGAUCGUUCUGAAGGGGUGCCCCCUAGGCCUUAUAUACUCGACCGUGGGGCAGUACACGUGAAUAUGAUAACAAGUAGCUAAAAGGUAGUGAACCUCUUGAGUUUAUCCCUACGUAACCUCCGCCGACUUAUCCUCGCAUGACUCCGUUGCAUGGGGGCUUCAGCGCGGGAAAGUCGGGUCUCUGCUGCGAUUUACUCGCUCGACGUUGUGGGCCGUCCGGGUCUGCACUAAUCCGGUCUCACGUCGCUCUGCUUUGUUGGUUGUCUCUCCCCAGGCCCACGAAAGAAUGAUCUUACGAUUUAUUGGGCCUUUGGGCCUUUCGUGAGGUCUUUUACUCCUUUAGUGGACCCGGGGGAUAUCUAUCCCCCACAAGCCCCCGAUCUUUGGGUUAAUUUAGAGGUAAUCAGCCCAAAGAUCCCAGGUCCAACUUGCGGGUGUUUUGAAGAAAAACGACUUCCUGCUGUCUUCUCCUGCUCCGAUCUCUCAUUUGACCGAAGCUUAGUUUCGUGCUUUUGCCUUAGAGGUCGGCACUUCGAUUUGUAGGAUUCUGAAUUUCAUUGGGUGCGCCGGAGGUGCACCCAAUGGGUGUAGCCCCCGACCUUUGAGUAGAUUUUAGAAAACAAUCUACUCGAAGGUCUUCCCCAGAAAUUAUCUCCGUUUGUGCUCCUGCAUCCUGGUUGAGGAUUGGUUUUUUAAUCUUGUCCCACGCCUUAGAAGUCGGCACUAUCUUGGUUUGGAAUGAUAAUCCAUGGGGUGCACCGGAGGUGCACCCAAUGAGUGUAGCCCCCGACCUUCAAAUGGAUUCUUUAAGGAUAAUCCAUUCGAAGGUCUUCCUUUUGUUUGUAAAAAUUGGCAUGAAGCUAUUUGCAUUAUGCUUUGGAGGUCAGCAUUAUGUCAUCGAUUUUUUGCUGCAGAGGUCAGCAUAUAUUUUGUCUUUAGCAGCCGAGUUUGCAAUCCAUCCAUAUCUUGCUAGGUAGUGCAAUUUACUUGCUUCUGCGACUGAUUGGACGUUUUGAUGGACGUUCUGUCUAGUCUUCACGUCGCUUCUGUCGGCCAUAUCUUGUACUUCGCUGGCUAUUUUUGGCUUUCCUCUGAUCCUUACUGAUAUCUCAUUUUUGUCUUGAGGUAUUCACUACGUGCCCUGCACGGAUGUGACCGUUUUGAAAAAUAUACUGAUAAUUCCUGGGCGUCCCCCCCCCAAUGGGUGUGGGCAAGGGACGGCUUGGUACGCUGAGUAUUUUAGCCGGUUGCUUCUGAGUAGUAAUGUGAUGGGACGACGAGUGUAAUCAUAUCCUUUGCGCUGUUGACUGGAGUCCCAAUGGGUGUAGUGUUGCAUGAAACGGCGUCAGCCGUCUGACGUGUCUUCAGACGGGUGGAAGUGCUUAUUGAAUGCUUUGCGACUGUUCAGUGACCACGGUUGGAGGUGAGCGGUUGCCUUUCCCUUCUAUAAAUAACGUCGUUGCUCCUCUGGUUUUUUCACAUCUCUUCGUUGUUCUUUACUGCAUCCUUCUCUUCCCUUCUGUCUGCUUCCGCCAUGGGCAAGAGUAACAAACACAAGCGUGAGCCGACUCCUCCGUCAAAGGACUUCGGCGACUCGGAAUACUCGGAGGAGGAGUUCUCCUCCGAGUCCGAGGGGUCUCCGGCUCCCGUCUCUCCCCCGGCGUCGUCUGAUGAUUCAGACGACUCCCAGGGGAUUGCCGCGGAAGUCUGGACGUACAUCCGGGCCGUCGAGCGCUCCGGGCUCGAGGGCUCGGAUGAGUCGGAGUUCUCCUCGGACGAGGAGGACUCGGACGGCGGCGAGGACGAGGAUGACGACGACGACGGCGACGACGACGACGGUGGCGACGGCGACGGUGACGGCAGCGGCGGCGGCGGCGACGGGAGCAAGGGCAGCACCAGAGGCGGCAGCAGCACGGGCAGCACCAGAGGCGGCAACAGCAAGGACAGCACCAGGGGCGGCGGCGGUGGCAGCAGCAGCAAGGCCAGUGGCUAAGCGCCACUGGUCUUUAGAUAUUAGUAUAGUGUAGUUAGAAUAAUGUAGUAGUAAUGUAGAGUAGUAUAGUGUAGUAUAGUAGUAGUAGUAGUAAUGUAAUGUAGUAAUAGUAGGGAAGCAUCAACUCGCAAAGAGUUGGUUUGUAAGCUUAUUGUCUUCCUUUAAUGAAAAAAUGACGUUGGUUCCUUCUC